AAGGCAAGGUACAGAUAACCCUAGACACAGAGACACAGAAUCCCUUCUACAACCCUGAAAUGCAAAGGUGUGGCUGUGCACCUGGUUCUAUGCACCUGUGUGGACUUCCAUUGGCUACAAGGUUGUGGGAAGAAGCAGCAAGAGGCUUUCAGCAAACAGGUGCCUCCAAUAAGUUUUCCUACAAAGGAAAGGACUUUGCCCUAAGGAGGUUCAGUGGGUGGAGGUCACAUGGCUGGGUGGCCAUUUUGCAGUAUGAGGAAAUGUAUGAGGAGAACAGAUUCCAUCCUGUUUUGUUUGUUGGUUUACUUAGUUGGUUUUGGUGUUGGUGUUGGUGUUGGUUGUGGUUUUGCUUUUGGUUGUUUGAUUGAUUGAUUUCAUUUACAUAGAUAGAUAGAUUGAUAGAUAGAGAGAUAUGUAAAUUUUUUCCAUCAGGUCUUUGUUUGGAGGCCUACAGGAAAUCUUGAGAUUUGGUGACUGGGCGUGGCUUCCAUGCCUGUGUGUGGCAGCCAUCUUGAGACUGGGCGUGGCUGAGGUCCCACCUGUCAGGGGCAGUUAUAAAAGGGCAUGCCUGACAGAGGCAAGGGCUUCUAAGCUGUGAGCUUCUGUCUGUAGGUGUUCGCUCUCUGCUCAGGAGAGCACACACCCGACUAGAGGCAGGUCACAAGGUGAGUCUGGCGUGCAGAUCGAACCUAGAGAAUCCAGCCCUGUCCUCGGGAGUGGUCAUGGAGACUAGCUCCGAGGCAGGUGUUCUGCAGAAGCUGCUGGAUCGCCUUUGCCAGGAGACCGACCCAGGAAAGAUCUACAAAACGCUGAAGAAAAUGUCUUCUCUUCCUUCUCUGUGUGACUGCCUUGCAGAGAUUGGCUUCAGAAAGACCAUCAAGUCCUUGAAGAAACAGCAACUCCUCGUGCCCUUUGUAAAGGACUUAGUGGCCCAGUGGUCCACAGGGUUCCUGCAUGGGCCCCAGCCUGAGCAGACCCGGCAGGACUUUGGCUUGGAGAAGGGCCUCACAUCGGAGGGCCGGAGCACCUCCCCAGAAGAGAAGCCCCAGGAGCAAGCAUCCCAGGAAGUCCGCAGAGAUGGGAGAGAGGUUUUCCUUGGGCUUUGCAGCUGCUGCCCAGGCAGCAGCUCUUGCCUAAGCCAGAGCCGAAAAUCGCACCAAAGGUCCAACCGUAGGGCACCUCACAUUCGAAGCCCGCAUCCAGGAGAAAACUGGAGCCCUGAGCUGCAGCAAGAUGUCCAGAACCUGGUGCACCUAGGAACGUCCAGGGCGAGCCUGGAGGAGCCUUGGCAGCAGGAAGGGGCCAAGCCCCUGUCCAGAAAGCCAGGGGCUGGGCCACAGGAGCCCACUGGGCUUGUGUUUGGUGGGCACAGCAAGUGCCAGCCACCAGGCAACUGGGAGCAGGAGGAAGCCCCUGGAGCUGGUUCGUCCUGGGCUUGCCUCAAUGGGGAGUGCUGCUUUCCUUCCUCUUCGGAGUGUCCACGGGGCAAGAGGCAGAGGUGGGAAUCCCAGUGUCCAGCCGAGGCCCAGAGUCCUCCUGCAAAGGUGCCUCGAGAGGAGUCUGGAAGCUCCAUGGAUCUCAGUCCCAUUGCUGCCAGCACCAUUCCAGAGACUCCCUCCAGUGGCCAAAUCUGGUUCGAAUGGGAUCUUGCCCAGGAGACAUUUUCCUCUCUGCAGGAUCAUGAAGCCUCAGCUUGUGGGUGGGAGCUCAGGAAGCAGCACAGAACCCGAGUCUAUUCAGGUUGCAGGCCUGCAGCAGGACCCCAGCAGAAGCGCACUGGAACCAGGGAUGGUGCUCACUGCCAGGCUGGCAAGGACAAAGUUGGGCUUGGGCAGCCAGAAGAGAAGUCCUGGCCCCAGGGCCGCAGGUGCAGGGAAUCCUACAGCCAGCCUGAGGCCCCCACAGCCCUGCAGCUUCAGGGGUCCCAAGAGGAGAGGCUGCAAACCGUCAUAGGCCGCCUCCAAAGCACAGGAGCCAAGGGGCCUCAACCCAGACAGACGAUGAUGGUCUCCUUCAUCACCGAGCUCAAGAGCCCCAGCCAACAAGGACAGCCAGGACCCACUGGGGCUGCCUCUGCCCAAAAUGCCCACAGUCUUCCUGAGGCUCCUGCCCAUCCUCCAGCCCAGAGGGCUUCCUGCCUUCUCCUUGGAGAAAGAGGCACCAAAAAGGGCCCUGCUAAAAGACCUGCUCCUCUCAUGGCCAAGGCCCUGAAGGACUACAGAAAAUGCUUCUAUAAAAGGUGAACCCCAGAUGAUUUCCAUCACCAGAAAACCUGCAACUCCUGAGACUUAGACUUACUGGACACAGAGGCGCUUCCCUCCAGGGACUGCCUCAUGGUACACCCUUGGUUUAGGGCUCCGGGCAGACUUCCCAGCAGCUAUUCUUGGCAUUCUCACUGGACUUCUUUACACAGUUUUCCACACCUUAACUUUUGUCCCAUGUCAAUUCUCAAAACAUCUUCAAAAAUAAAUCAAUAUCUCUCCCCCAAUCAACUUUGUGGGUUUGUCUCUACAUUACUUGUGAAGGAUUGAUAUCCAUGGACCUAGAUACAGUUUAGCAGUUGGACAAAGAGACUAACAGCCUGCCUGCUGACGGUUUUGCCCAGAUGCAUGUAGGAUUGUAGAUGGUAGAAGAGAUACCUAGAGUCACAAAGAGAAGUAGGCACAUCAAUAUGUUUGUGGAAGUCUGGCAGUAGACUUGAUAUCAGUGCCCACAAACCAGUAGGAAUCAAGGCGGUUUGUGUGUGUUUGUGCCUGUGUGUGUGUGGGGGGGGGGAGUGUACAUGUAUAUGUGUGUGCAUGCAUGCC